UUCAGAUUGAAUAUGACCACGUGCAAUUACAUACAAAAGGAAGGUCUAGAACUUCAGUGAGCUGACUCAACGUCGUACGGAAGAUGGACCAGCCGUAUUGGGCCGGAUCUGGCCUCGGUCUCCGAUGAGCACGUCCUGGAAUACGAGGCAUAAGACUCGGCUCCUCAUCUGGUCGGAAAUAUCGAACCUCAUGCUGCUUCCGUUCCCCGCAUAAGCAGCAUAUCUUGAUCUACUGGGUCUCGAUUGAUGUUAGGCCGUGAGAUCUAUCCUCAACUACCUAUUCCAGCAGUCAGCCCAGGCGCGAUGCAUCUACUUGCCGCUCCACAACAUCCGGCUAUAUUGCCCACAUCAGCAGGUUUGGGCGCAACCAAUCAACUCAGUGUGUCCGUCUUUUGGACUUUGGUUCUGUAUAGGAUCUACUGUAUAGCACUUUAUAUGAUAACGUUUUGAAUAUGUUUAUGCACGCGUGCGCUUUACCUCAACAAUAGCCUGUGUUGUGGGAGUGGCCUUCGCCAGCACGCCAUGUGCGGGAAAUCAAAGUAUUCGGUACGAGGGGGCGCCUCUGAUAUAUCUUCUCCAAUGCCUCUUCUCGAGCGCUCGAGAAAAUGCUGUAGAGUAUCAGGUUUUGAGUGUUUGACAAGGGCGAUUGUUGAAAAUGAAGAUUGCUCAACUCCUCUUCGUGCUAGGCUUGGCAGCAUACGAAACAAUCGCCAACCCCCUUAACCCGUACCCCGAUGCGCUACAGAGAGAAACCUCUCAACUAUUGAAGCGCGUCAUUCCGCGCACUCAUGUCCGGCAUGAGAAGAGAACGAGUGCCCAAGGGAGCGCUUGGUCGAAGGUGGAGAGGGCGAAGCGCGAGGCACUGUUGCCCAUGCGCAUCGGAUUCAAACAGUCUAACCUGAUGGACGGUCACAAUCUGUUGAUGGAUAUAUCAAACCCAAAAUCAAAGAAUUAUGGCAAGCAUCUAUCGGCAGAGGAAGUCGUUGAUUUCUUUGCUCCGUUGGAGUCGAGUGUUCAGGUGGUGAAGAAUUGGCUCAUAGAGGCUGGUGUAGAAGAGUAUACGAUUUCACAAUCGGCAAAUAAACAGUGGAUUCAAUUCGACGCACCCGUUAAUCAAAUAGAAGAUCUCCUGAUGACCAACUAUCAUGUGUGGGAGCAUAAACUGACUGGGACUAAGGACAUCGGCUGUGAUGAAUACCAUAUUCCUAAGAACGUUGCAUCGCAUGUGGACUACAUAACUCCCGGUGUUAAGCUCAUGGGGAAUGGCGGCAUACAACAUAAACACAACCGUGAACGGUCAUCAUCAAGCGAGCAAUCUGGGUUUCAUAAGUUUCAAGGAUCACUACCUUUUGUAGAACCUGUUCGACCUCAGGAUAUCCUCUCGGGUAAUCUGACACUAGCACAAGGUUGCGAUACCUACGUGACCCCUGACUGCAUCAGACAGAUGUAUGGGAUACCUAAAGGCAAUACCAGUCACGCCAGUAAUAAGAUGGGCAUCUUCCAGAGUCUGAAACAGCAUUACACACAACAAGAUCUGGAUGCCUUCUUCUGGGCGUUCACCGACGGCAUUCCAAAUGGAACGCAUCCAGAACUACUCUCGGUCAACGGCGGCGAGGGCGCGACGACGGAGCUGUACGACGCCGGGACAGAGUCGAACCUCGACUUCCAAAUGGCAUACGGACUGAUCUGGCCGCAAGAGCCCGCCCUGUUCCAAGUAGACGACGAAUGGUAUCAGCAAUCCCAGCUUCAAAGCGGCGAAUACGCAGGCUUUUUUAAUAACCUCUGGAAUGCCAUCGAUGGUAGUUAUUGCACAUUCGAAGCAUUCGGCGAAAAGGGGAAUUGCAAGCGUCCCGAAUGCAAGGAUCCGGAGUAUCCGAACCAGCACGAGGGAGGCUACAAAGGGGAGCUGAACUGCGGGAUCUACAAGCCGACGAACGUCAUCAGCAUCUCCUACAGUGGCGCCGAGUCCGAGCUGCCGGCAUCCUACCAGCAGCGGCAAUGCGCCGAGAUCAUGAAGCUCGGCCUCCAGGGGUCCACGAUCAUGAUCGCCUCGGGCGACUCUGGUGUCGCGGGGUUCGCGACGUACGCGAAUCCCAGCGGGUGCAUGGGGCCGAACCACGACGUGUUCAACCCGCAGUUCCUCGCGACCUGUCCGUAUAUCCUCUCCGUAGGAUCCACGUAUCUGCCUACGAAUAAAACAGCCGGAAAGGACGGGGAAGUAGCGACCUCGCGGUUCCGCUCCGGCGGCGGAUUCUCGAAUAUCUACGAUGCGCCCGAGUGGCAGCGGGACACCGUCGCGCAGUACCUUGUGCGCGCGAACCUCAGCUUCGAGGGAUAUGAAGGGGGCGGUAAGAAUUAUAGCAAUGCGAAGGAUGGCAUUGGGCGCUUCAAUCGCAUUGGACGCGCGUAUCCGGAUGUCUCUGCUAAUGGCGAUCGCUUCGUCAUUUCGAGUGGUGGCGAGCUACUUCGGAUUGGAGGCACAUCGGCGUCGUGCCCGCUUUGGGGCUCGAUCAUCACGUUGAUUAAUGAGGCGAGGCUCGAAGCUGGGAAGAAGCCUGUCGGAUUCAUUCACCCGAUCCUUUACGCGCAUCCCGAGGUAUUUAACGACAUCACAGUAGGCGAUAACCGCGGUUGCAGGACUACUGGAUUCCCAGCUACGCCAGGUUGGGACCCGGUUACUGGAAUGGGAACGCCGAACUACCCGAAACUGCUGGAGCUGUUCACGAGUCUACCUUAAAAAUAGGGGCUAGGUGCUAGGGGUUAGAGUGGCGGCGGUACUGAGACAGAUCAAAGUCUAUGUAUAUGCAUUUCUAGAAUAUCAUUUUACAGAAAUGUUUAAAGCACGGGGAAGUGGAAUAUCAGCUCACUUAGCUUCAUGCGGUAUCCAUGAGGUUCUCUGAACUUGACCGUACAUGGACGUCCGAAGGCUAGGAUCACACUCUAUCUAGGUAGUCAAGCACUCUGGAUAUCGUAGAGACCUAACUGCCAGACGGUGUAUUUCCUAGGUAGCAAUAAGACCAACAGAAGUGUUCCCAAUGUGCGAGUCAAGCGAGAAACUAUUCCCUGACA